CUGUCAUGUGAGUUAUUUUUCGAUUGAAGUAUCAAUCGAGAUUAUACUCAGAGAUCACAUUAGCAGUAGGAGCUACUUUUAGUAGUGGAAAGGCCAUCUGACGACAAGUGGAGUUGCGUUCGAAGCUGCAGUUAGUGCAUUUAUAUUUUCUCCGGCGAAUAUAUAUUAUUCAACCUCGUUGGCAAGAUGGCCCUGAGCGACGCAGAUGUCCAGAAACAGAUCAAACACAUGAUGGCCUUCAUCGAACAGGAGGCCAACGAGAAAGCGGAGGAAAUCGAUGCUAAGGCCGAAGAAGAGUUCAACAUCGAGAAGGGCCGUCUGGUUCAGCAGCAGCGUCUUAAGAUCAUGGAAUACUACGAGAAAAAGGAAAAGCAAGUUGAGUUGCAGAAAAAGAUUCAAUCCUCGAACAUGUUGAAUCAGGCUCGUCUGAAGGUGCUCAAAGUACGCGAGGAUCAUGUUGCCAGCGUGCUCGAUGAAUGCAGACGUCGGCUGGGAGACAUUACGCGCGAUCCUGCCAGCUACGGCACGAUUCUUUCUGCUCUCAUCACUCAGGGAUUGCUUCAGCUUAUGGAAGCGAACGUAACUAUUCGUGGUCGCCAAAAUGAUGCUCAGCUGAUUCAAAACAUUUUGCCAUCGGCUGUUGAGGCGUACAAAAACACUUGUGGCAAGAAUGUCGUUGUCACGUUGGACACCGAGCAUUUUCUUCCGGCCGACUCCACUGGCGGAAUUGAUUUAAUUACUCAUUCAGGACGUAUAAAGAUCUCCAACACUUUGGAAUCACGGUUGGAGCUCAUUGCCCAGCAAUUGAUACCAGAAAUUCGUAACGCUUUGUUUGGUCGUAACAUUAAUCGCAAGUUCACCGAUUAAAUGGCUGUACACAAUAGCCCUACGAAUACCGUUUUCUUUAUUUCGUCAUGUUCAUAAAAAAGUGUUGAACUACAAUAAAUUAUCGCCCAAAAAUUAAAAAAACACAAAAACAGGGUUCCAAAUAACACCACGGAACAUGGAAACGUCAGAAGGUCAGUUCCACCAGAAUCAAAGUUUACGCUAUGUUUAAUUGCAACAAAAAACUUAGUACUAAUGCAGUCCAAUUCAACCUUGCUACGAGUUGACCAUAGAUUCGCCUGAAAGACCAUAUGCUCCUACUCAAACCAUUUACAAUCAUAAUCCCUGAACAUCCGGGAGUCUUUUUUUACUUAUCGAUGGUCACUUAUGGUUAAGGGUACACAAUAAGUUUAUUGUUACUAUAAUCCAUUUUUUUUCUUAUGUUUUUCGUUAGUAUUUCGUUCAUUAGUUUGUAUGAAAAUUGUUAUAUCAUUAAAAGAACAUGUUUUAUUAGUAUCCUAAGUCAACCAACCGUUGUAUAGUAAAGAAAUUGACUUUAGGAAUAAAAUCGAGAAAAAAACAUUCCUAAUUUCUGAAUUCAGUGAACUAACGUUCAACGUUCAGUGAAAGCUUAAGUAACUGACCUGUUACUGCGUUAAUUGGCACUCAUACGAUUUCUUUGUUGUUAUUCGAACUCGGUCUGACAGAGCUCAUACUGAACCAUUCUAUACUCAUCCUAAAGUAUUGAAUUUCAAGUCAUUUCGGUAGAGAAAAACGUCACUCGGUUGGAAAUUUGGACAAACUUUGGAGAAUUUUCUGUCACAGCAUCUUGCUUUGCUUACACCAAAUGGUCAUUAUAUGAGAAUAUUUGCUGAAUGUCAAAGCAAUGACAGAUUUCUAAGAAGUGAUCCAACAGUAUUCCGAAACCAGUAUGUGUGUGUGUCGUUACCAAAAUCCGUGUGUUACAAAAUAUGUUUUCAGUUAAUCGUAACAGCUUACGGAUGAUCCAAUGGUUCAGGAUGAAGAACAUUGAGCUUCAAAUCAAACCGAGCAAAUUUGUUAUCUUGAAUAGUCAUCCUUGUUGCCGAAACAUAUUUGACACAAUGAAGAAAUCAGUAUAUUCAAAUUAUUAUUUUUUCCUUUUAUCAACUAGCUAAGGAACAGAACAAGUUUUUAAACAUGAUUAGAUUUAAUCAAAAAUAACGAUAAAACAAAAAUAUAUAUAUGAAGAUGAUAUGAAUUAGAAAUUGUUGUAAUCGUAAAUAAUAUGACUACUAGUUAAAGCAUAAAACUUAAUUAUUUGAUCAAUAAUACAUCAGUAACAAAACAUAUGUGUACACCUAUUGUACCAGCAGAUGUUUUUCGAGCUUUAUUUGGGAGAUGCUUUCCGGGAGCGCAUGUGUCGCAGGACACAGCAACGAAUGAACCACCAACAAUUCCGCGGAAUCAAAAAAACAGUUUUACAGCAUCAAGUUGAAUGAUGGAUUGUUCGCAAUUGCGUAGACAUAAGUUGUACGUUGUGAACAAUAGUUUUCACACCCACAAUCACAUACGACAAAAACACAAAUCAUAUUUAUUCGAGGUAGUGCAUGGAAAAAAGAGGAGACAGUCAUAUACACUAUGUAACAGAACAAAAUCAUUGAAUAAAAGUGAAUGGUAUGGGAUGAA